AGUAGCCAGGUGUGUGUGUCUCUCUCCCGCGGCUACACGGACACGUGCGGGCCUCGCGCGCGGUGCAUGCCGGGAACCUGGUCUCUGUGUCAGCAGCGCCGCAGCGGAGCCGCGCCGAACCUCGUCCCCAACUAAUGCGGGCGCAGCCGCGCGCCGGCCAGCAUGAGCAGUGGCUCGCUCUGCAAGAUUGGCCUGAGUCCUCGCCAGAAGCCGCUCCGCGUCAUGGUGCUGGGCCAGGCCGGCGUCGGCAAGUCGGCGCUGGUGGUGCGCUUCAUCACGCGCCGCUACAUCGGAGAGUACGACCCCACGCUGGAGAAGAUGUACUCCUUCCACACCGUCAUGGACAGCGAGAUGGUGUUCUUCGAGAUCCUGGACACUGCCGGACAGCCGCAUGAGAGCGAGUGCCUGACGCUGGAAGCCAACAUCCGCUGGGCGGAGGCUUUCGUGCUGAUGUACUCGGUGACCGACAAGUGCUCCUUCGACGAGUGCAACCGCCUCAAGUUCCUCAUCAACUACAACAAGCGGCGGCGGCGACUCGGCUCCAAUGUCUCCAAGGAGGGGCUGGCCGAGGUGCCUGUGGUGCUGGUGGGCAACAAGACCGACCAAUGGGGCGAGCGCAUGGUCAGCGCCGAGGACGGACAGCGGCGCAGCAAGGAGAUCGGCUGUGUCUGUUUCCACGAGAUAUCCGUGCGCGAGAGCGUCGAGCAGGUGUGGUCCGUGUUCCGCGACGUGUGUCGCUUCUGGAAGGUGCACAGCAAGUACCCGCGGCUGCGGCGCUCCUCCAGCGACCUGCAGAACGGCAAGCCCAGCCCCGACUGCAGCGCCGCCCAGCCCUGCGGCAACGGCUCGCACCGCGCCUCGCCCGUCGCCGCCAUCGGUCGGCAGUGGACGGAGCAGGGGCUGGACGAGGCUGACGAGGCGGGCGAGAGCGAGGCGACCCGCGUGGAGCGAGCAGAGCCGUUCCGGGCGCGCGCGUCCACUGACGGCCACCUGCUGUCCCGCCCGCGUCGCUGGAGGUACCCGCCCGGCGAGCCGCCCGCCCCGCUGCAGUACCCGCUCAGCGCCCGCGCCGAGCGCCGCAUGAGCAUCUCCAUGCGCGGCAGCAACGCCAGCUACUAGCCGCUCCUCGCUGCGUGGAGCUGCCGGCGCCAUUCCGGUCGCAUGUCCCCUUCUAGCCCGCCCGCCCCGCUGCAGUACCCGCUCAGCGCCCGCGCCGAGCGCCGCAUGAGCAUCUCCAUGCGCGGCAGCAACGCCAGCUACUAGCCGCUCCUCGCCGCGUGGACCUGCCGGCAUCAUUCCGGUCGCAUGUCCCCUUCUAGCCCGCCCGCCCCGCUGCAAUACCCGCUCAGCGCCCGCGCCGAGCGCCGCAUGAGCAUCUCCAUGCGCGGCAGCAACGCCAGCUACUAGCCGCUCCUCGCCGCGUGGACCUGCAGGCAUCAUUCCGGUCGCAUGUCCCCUUCUAGCCCGCCCGCCCCGCUGCAGUACCCGCUCAGCGCCCGCGCCGAGCGCCGCAUGAGCAUCUCCAUGCGCGGCAGCAACGCCAGCUACUAGCCGCUCCUCGCUGCGUGGAGCUGCCGGCGCCAUUCCGGUCGCAUGUCCCCUUCCAGCCCGCCCACCACGCUGCAGUACCCGCUCAGCGCCCGCGCCGAGCGCCGCAUGAGCAUCUCCAUGCGCGGCAGCAACGCCAGCUACUAGCCGCUCCUCGCCGCGUGGACCUGCCGGCAUCAUUCCGGUCGCAUGUCCCCUUCCAGCCCGCCCACCACGCUGCAGUACCCGCUCAGCGCCCGCGCCGAGCGCCGCAUGAGCAUCUCCAUGCGCGGCAGCAACGCCAGCUACUAGCCGCUCCUCGCCGCGUGGACCUGCCGGCAUCAUUCCGGUCGCAUGUCCCCUUCUAGCCCGCCCGCCCCGCUGCAGUACCCGCUCAGCGCCCGCGCCGAGCGCCGCAUGAGCAUCUCCAUGCGCGGCAGCAACGCCAGCUACUAGCCGCUCCUCGCCGCGUGGACCUGCCGGCAUCAUUCCGGUCGCAUGUCCCCUUCCAGCCCGCCCACCACGCUGCAGUACCCGCUCAGCGCCCGCGCCGAGCGCCGCAUGAGCAUCUCCAUGCGCGGCAGCAACGCCAGCUACUAGCCGCUCCUCGCUGCGUGGAGCUGCCGGCGCCAUUCCGGUCGCAUGUCCCCUCCUAGCCCGCCCGCCCCGCUGCAGUACCCGCUCAGCGCCCGCGCCGAGCGCCGCAUGAGCAUCUCCAUGCGCGGCAGCAACGCCAGCUACUAGCCGCUCCUCGCUGCGUGGAGCUGCCGGCGCCAUUCCGGUCGCAUGUCCCCUUCUAGCCCGCCCGCCCCGCUGCAGUACCCUCUCAGCGCCCGCGCCGAGCGCCGCAUGAGCAUCUCCAUGCGCGGCAGCAAGGCCAGCUACUAGCCGCUCCUCGCUGCGUGGAGCUGCCGGCGCCAUUCCGGUCGCAUGUCCCCUUCUAGCCCGCCCGCCCCGCUGCAGUACCCGCUCAGCGCCCGCGCCGAGCGCCGCAUGAGCAUCUCCAUGCGCGGCAGCAACGCCAGCUACUAGCCGCUCCUCGCCGCGUGGACCUGCCGGCAUCAUUCCAGUCGCAUGUCCCCUUCCAGCCCGCCCACCAAGCUGCAGUACCCGCUGAGCUGCAGGACACACUCCAUGCCUGCACAGAGCGCCGCAUUGUAGCAAUGCCAGCUACUUGACGGCCCGCUGCAAACUCUAAUUCUUGCCAUGUGAAGCGCUCAAAACCACUGCAGUCGCAAGCAUCUCCGUACAGUCCCCUUGUAACCUGCCUACGUCACUGGAAGUACACACAGCUAGCUGUCCUCUCAGCUGCAGUACUCACUCCAUGCUUGCACAGAGCGCCGCAUUGUAGCAAUGCCAGCUACUUGACGGCCCGCUGCAAACUCUAAUUUUUGCAAUGUGAAGCGCUCAAAACCACUGCAGUCGCAAGCAUCUCCGUACAGUCCCCUUGUAACCUGCCUACGUCACUGGAAGUACACACAGCUAGCUGUCCUCUCAGCUGCAGGACACACUCCAUGCCUGCACAGAGCGCCGCAUUGUAGCAAUGCCAGCUACUUUACGGCCCGCUGCAAACUCUAAUUCUUGCCAUGUGAAGCGCUCAAAACCACUGCAGUCGCAAGCAUCUCCGUACAGUCCCCUUGUAACCUGCCUACGUCACUGGAAGUACACACAGCUAGCUGUUCUCUCAGCUGCAGUACUCACUCCAUGCUUGCACAGAGCGCCGCAUUGUAGCAAUGCCAGCUACUUGACGGCCCGCUGCAAACUCUAAUUCUUGCCAUGUGAAGCGCUCAAAACCACUGCAGUCGCAAGCAUCUCCGUACAGUCCCCUUGUAACCUGCCUACGUCACUGGAAGUACACACAGCUAGCUGUCCUCUCAGCUGCAGUACUCACUCCAUGCUUGCACAGAGCGCCGCAUUGUAGCAAUGCCAGCUACUUGACGGCCCGCUGCAAACUCUAAUUUUUGCAAUGUGAAGCGCUCAAAACCACUGCAGUCGCAAGCAUCUCCGUACAGUCCCCUUGUAACCUGCCUACGUCACUGGAAGUACACACAGCUAGCUGUCCUCUCAGCUGCAGGACACACUCCAUGCCUGCACAGAGCGCCGCAUUGUAGCAAUGCCAGCUACUUUACGGCCCGCUGCAAACUCUAAUUCUUGCCAUGUGAAGCGCUCAAAACCACUGCAGUCGCAAGCAUCUCCGUACAGUCCCCUUGUAACCUGCCUACGUCACUGGAAGUACACACAGCUAGCUGUUCUCUCAGCUGCAGUACUCACUCCAUGCUUGCACAGAGCGCCGCAUUGUAGCAAUGCCAGCUACUUGACGGCCCGCUGCAAACUCUAAUUCUUGCCAUGUGAAGCGCUCAAAACCACUGCAGUCGCAAGCAUCUCCGUACAGUCCCCUUGUAACCUGCCUACGUCACUGGAAGUACACACAGCUAGCUGUCCUCUCAGCUGCAGUACUCACUCCAUGCUUGCACAGAGCGCCGCAUUGUAGCAAUGCCAGCUACUUGACGGCCCGCUGCAAACUCUAAUUUUUGCAAUGUGAAGCGCUCAAAACCACUGCAGUCGCAAGCAUCUCCGUACAGUCCCCUUGUAACCUGCCUACGUCACUGGAAGUACACACAGCUAGCUGUCCUCUCAGCUGCAGGACACACUCCAUGCCUGCACAGAGCGCCGCAUUGUAGCAAUGCCAGCUACUUUACGGCCCGCUGCAAACUCUAAUUCUUGCCAUGUGAAGCGCUCAAAACCACUGCAGUCGCAAGCAUCUCCGUACAGUCCCCUUGUAACCUGCCUACGUCACUGGAAGUACACACAGCUAGCUGUUCUCUCAGCUGCAGUACUCACUCCAUGCUUGCACAGAGCGCCGCAUUGUAGCAAUGCCAGCUACUUGACGGCCCGCUGCAAACUCUAAUUCUUGCCAUGUGAAGCGCUCAAAACCACUGCAGUCGCAAGCAUCUCCGUACAGUCCCCUUGUAACCUGCCUACGUCACUGGAAGUACACACAGCUAGCUGUCCUCUCAGCUGCAGUACUCACUCCAUGCUUGCACAGAGCGCCGCAUUGUAGCAAUGCCAGCUACUUGACGGCCCGCUGCAAACUCUAAUUUUUGCAAUGUGAAGCGCUCAAAACCACUGCAGUCGCAAGCAUCUCCGUACAGUCCCCUUGUAACCUGCCUACGUCACUGGAAGUACACACAGCUAGCUGUCCUCUCAGCUGCAGGACACACUCCAUGCCUGCACAGAGCGCCGCAUUGUAGCAAUGCCAGCUACUUUACGGCCCGCUGCAAACUCUAAUUCUUGCCAUGUGAAGCGCUCAAAACCACUGCAGUCGCAAGCAUCUCCGUACAGUCCCCUUGUAACCUGCCUACGUCACUGGAAGUACACACAGCUAGCUGUUCUCUCAGCUGCAGUACUCACUCCAUGCUUGCACAGAGCGCCGCAUUGUAGCAAUGCCAGCUACUUGACGGCCCGCUGCAAACUCUAAUUCUUGCCAUGUGAAGCGCUCAAAACCACUGCAGUCGCAAGCAUCUCCGUACAGUCCCCUUAUAACCUGCCUACGUCACUGGAAGUACACACAGCUAGCUGUCCUCUCAGCUGCAGUACUCACUCCAUGCUUGCACAGAGCGCCGCAUUGUAGCAAUGCCAGCUACUUGAUGGCCCGCUGCAAACUCUAAUUCUUGCCAUGUGAAGCGCUCAAAACCACUGCAGUCGCAAGCAUAUCCGUACAGUCCCCUUGUAACCUGCCCACUGUCACUAGAAGUACACACACAGCGAGCUGUCCUCUAAGCUGCAGUACUCACUCCAUGCUUGCACAGAGUGCCGCAUUGUAGCAACGCCAGCUACUUAUAUUUGUGAAUAUAUUUUAUGACUCUUCUUUGUUUUACUCUGGAGAUUGCAGAUAUUUUUACUAAUUAUUUUAAAUAAUAUUGAAUGCACACUUAAAUAUUUUGUAAUGUAUUUACAGACAAUUUAAUCAUACUUUACAGCAUUCCACGUGAAUAAGUUACAGAAGUAUUUAUGCAUUUUAUUGUUAUUGACCUGUAGGUUUGGAGGCUAAGUAGAUUGUAGUUUCGAAUUAAUUAUAUUUUUUAAAGUAAAUUUUAACUUAAAUUAUAAUUAUUUAACUAGACCCUAUGUGCUCACAAAAAAGAGUCCUUUGUUAAGACAAUAACAACUUUUAUGCAAAAAAAUAUUAGCAAUUUUUUCAUGCCUAUCUCAGUAGUAUUUUCCUUGACUAUACUACAAACUUUCUUAUCCCAAUUAUAAAUUUAUUAUAUUUUAAUUUUUGGGACAUCCGUUUGUGUACCACCAGACAAAUGAUAAAUAAAUUUUUUUUCAAUACAUUAAACAACUGAGCACUGUCGUAACUAGGAGUUAAGG